AUGGAAGUUUUUCAUCUUGAAAAGAAAAUUCUGAAAUAUUGUGGAAUCGAAAGAAAUCCAUCAAAACGAAUGAAAUAUAUCUUAAAUGUAUUAAAAUUAUUGAACUAUUUUGCCAUGAUUUUUUGCAUUUUAACGUCAGCUUUUUAUGUUCUCGACACAAAAGACAUCCUCGAUAUAGCUGAAAGCAUGGCAACAGGAACAACUGCGUUUAUAAUGUUGAUCAAAUAUGCAGUUUUUUGCUGGAAAGCUGAAGAAAUUUUUGCAUCUAUGGACGAAAUUGAGGAAUUGAACGAAAAUUACAAGGACCUCAAAAAUGCACUAGCAAUUCUAUCAGAAUCCAAAAAAUUGUCAGUAAUAAUGACGACGCCAUUAAAAUGGGGAUGCAUUGUUACGCCAAUAUUUUACAUAAUGAAGCCUUUGACUAUUGAUAUCAUUUAUUAUUUUUAUUAUGGCAUUGCAACAGCCCGUGGAGUUCCAUUCAAGGCGAAAUUCUUUUACGAUGUGACACAAUCGCCAGCUUAUGAGUUGACUUUUUUGAUUCAAACUUACGGGACAUCAAUAGUUUGCGCUUAUAUUUUCGCAACAGCUUCAAUUUAUAGCAAUUUCUGUUUCAACAUCAGUGGUCAUUUUGAAAUCAUACGUGACUCAAUAAACAACUUGAAAAUUGAUGAAUUUGUUAUCUAUCACUUAAAAUUGAUUGACAUAACAAACAAGCUUAAUUCAAUCUACAAACCAAUGAUCUUUGCAACAUUUUUCUUUGGAACAGUCCUUUUUGUUGUGUUGGGACUUAGUGUCAUAACUGCUGAAAAUUUACUAAAAAAUGUUACACCAAUCAUGCAUGCUCCUGCAGCUCUAAUUUAUGUUGCUGUUUUUUCAUAUGGAAGUCAAAAAGUUAUGGAUUCUUCUGACGCAAUUUGUGACGGGAUUUAUAAUAUCGACAAAGACUACUUAAUGGUGCUAAUGAUAGCUCAGAAAAGCGUUAGAACUGAAAAGAUUUUCAAGAUUAUGGAUGACAUUGAAGAGCUAAACGAGGAAUACAAAGAUCUUAAGAAUGCUAAUGAAAUUAUAUCGAAAGCCAAUGAACUCACAGUGAAAAUAACAAAUCCAUUAAAAUGGGGAUGUAUUCUUGCUUCCUUGUUUUACAUUGUUAAACCUUUGGGUACCGACUUUAUUUAUUAUUACUUUUAUGAAUUGCAACCAAUUCGUGGAGUUCCACUCAAGGCUAAAUUUUUUUACGACGAGACUCAAUCACCUGCAUAUCAGAUGACUUUUUGUAUUCAGUCAUAUACAACAAUCCUUAUUGGAACCAUUGUUUACAUUAUGUGUGUUAACUUCAGUUCAUUGACUCUCAAUAUUAGCGCUCAUCUUGAAAUCCUUCGUGGCUCAAUAAAUGAUCUGAAAAUUGAUCAAUUCGUAAAGUAUCAUCUGAAGAUAAUCAGGAUUACUAAUAGACUCAACUCAAUCUACAAUUUUAUGAUUUUUACUGAAUUUUUCAUCAUUUCAACAACUCUUAUUGUUGUCCUAGGCCUAAGCGUGAUAGCUGCUGAAGGGUUUCUUGAACUUGUUGUCCCAUUUUUGCAUAUUUCUGGAGCUUUAACUGAUGUGGCUUGUCAUUCAUUUGGAAGUCAAAAAAUGUUGGAUUCUUCUGAGGCAAUUUAUGAGGAAGCUUAUAGUAUUGAUAAAGAUUACAUAAUGGUCAUCAUGACAGCUCAAAGGCAAUUAAGAAUCACAACUCCAUUCUUUGAGGCUUCGUUUGAAACUUUUAGCUUCAUGUUGAGUCGAUCAUGGUCGUUUAUUACUCUUUUAAAUUCAUUCAUAAAUUAA